UUGCGCGACGCAUUUUACCUCUGUUCGUGCGUCAAAUAGCAAGAUCAGAGCUCAGUCUGCUUGGUAAACUGCUUUCGAAUACUCGUACUUGGAACUUUUCGGACGCGUCAUAAUUUAAUAAGAAUACAAUCGAACGUUUUAAAAUUGAUAUAUUAACAAUUUAUUUCUUCGUCGUACAAAGCUAUCACCAAUACCUUUAAAAAUGACCGAAAUUAACAAGUAACACAAAAGAGGUUAAUCGCAUAUGUAUUUAAGUAUGCAACAAAUAUACUUGAAAAAGUCAUCUAUCAGUCAAAUGUUGUGCUUACUUUUAGUUAGCUACGCUAUUUUGCCGGGCACAUGGGCUGCGCCACAGCUUCUCACCAGUUAUUUGCCGGCUUCUAUGCAAGCGCUCGCCUACUACAUCGACUAUUUGCAGUAUGAGCCAAUAUCGUCGACAACUGUUGAACCACCGUUUAGUAUGAACGAUGAUGAAUUAACUAAUAUAUUUAAUGCUUCACCUACGACCACACCGCUGCCAAUCCGUCCAACCACCAGUACGUUAUCCACAAACAAGCAGCCAUCGACGUGGCUCUCAACAACUAGCCAUCCAACUUGGACCAGCAAGCCGUCACAAGGCGUUAGCACCACGGGUUCUAGCUGGUGGAAACCGCCUAUUUGGUGGCAGCCUACUGCAACAACUACUGCAAAACCUACAGUGCCGCCAACACCUACACACAGGCCCGGUUUGUAUGCACCUGUAAAAUCACCACUAAUCAAGCCGCAAUCUCACAAACUCGUCGGUUAUGAGAUAUUUGACGAAAUUGGUGAUAACACUGAGGGUUUCGACAAAUUGACAUUGGCGCUGAUACGCGAUAUACAAACAGAGGCAGAACAUGAUGAAUUUACGAACGAUGUGGAGUCUUUAGACAACUUUUUGCGCCUUUACGAUGACAAUUACGGACGAGCCGCAUUCGAUAACGACAAUACUGUGGAUCGUUGGUCAACUACAUCGACUGCGGGUAAAAAACGUGUACCGCCAACCAAACCAUAUGUAGAAUUUUUACUGGUCUAUGAUCUGUUAAAACGCGAUGCAAAAGCAGCUAAUCUCAGCAAAUACGAGGGUUAUUCGGAAGAACUGUUGAGGGAUUUACACGAUUUGUCCAAUGCUUCGGCGGAGCGUCAACUCUAUACGCUUUUCAAGCGUAUGAUCGAUCGUGGUGAUGUGCAACGUAGUGACGUCGUCUCUCGCUUACAAGGAAUAAUGAAGGAUUUAGCUAACCCCCAAAGUGCCACUGCAAAGGAGUUGCGCUAUAUUCCAGCCAUGCCAUUCGUGCCUUGAUUAUCAAGUGCGUAACAUUAAUUUAUAAUUCAAUAAAAUCAAUAAAUAUGACAAUAAUAGUAUGGACGUAAUACA